AUCAGAGAUUGUUUGUAUAUAUAUAUAUAUACUGUAUAUCCAUAAAUCAUCAAUGAAUGUGAGUGUAUGUUUAUGGACAGGUAGUUCAUAAUAAUCAUCGGGGUAUUUACACACACACACAUAGACAUAAUAAUCAUCACUCAUAUAGCCAUAGCAGCAGCACAUAUAUAUGUAUUGAGACACCAGUCAUACCUAAACUGUAUAACUAAACUAUACAUUUAAAAAAAAAAUGGUGUUUAUAUUAACCGAUAGCGAAAAACUAGUUAUCAUUAUCAUUGCCUCAUCACUGUUCCUGUUCAGCCUAAUACUGACCAUUUGUUUUGUAUCACCUGUUUGUUGGCUACACCGAUGGCUUAUAAAGGCUACCACCACUGCCUACAACUACAAUAGUGCCAAAAAAUUGGGCACAAAAAAAACUACUGGUACUACUGGUGCUGGCGGCGAUAAUAACUACAUGAGUUUAAUACACUAUACGCCACAACAACAGCUAGUUAUGACACAGGAGUCCAAACAUUUUCAGCUAUCAGUUGUGCCACACUAUGGCUGCUUAGCCGCCGAAACUACCGGUGCUGACAACAGGGGAUCAACAACACAUCGGUCAUCGAAAAGCUUUUCCGAUAUAUUUGACAACAAAAAUAAGGCCAAAAAACAGUCGCUAACGACCACUACUACUACUACUACGGAAAACAAUGGCUGCGGCGGCGACCUAUCGGCGGCGGACAUACCGAAGCUAAAAGAUUGCGGAUUCAUCCGAUUUACCGCCCGUUACGAAAUGAUUGGCCAGUCUAGCUGUCGGCUAAUCGUCCGAAUCGACGAGUGCCGUGAACUACAACAACGUGACUAUUAUGUCGACCCCUCCUGUUAUGUGUCGGUAAUUUUGGUCGGUUUGAAAACCAGGCGCCGAAGUCUAAUCAGUAAUAAAGCCACUCCCAGUGCAUUAUAUCGUACGGCUUCGGCCAAGAGAUGCCUUAACCCUGUAUUUGGUGAACAGUUUGUCAGCCAAGACCUGCCAAAGAGUAUACUAAAAGAUGGUAUAUUGAAGUUCAAGCUGUUUGACGACGAAAGGUAUGCCAACGAUAUCUGUUUAGGCGAAGCGAGUCUACAGCUAAAGAAACUGAUGGACAGUUCAUCGGUGUCGACAUCAGUGUCGACAUCAGUGUCCACGACAUUACCGCCGAUGAUGACGAUGACUACGGAUAACCAGAUGACGAUGACUACCCGUGAGCUGACACUAAGGCCCUGUAAAGAGUCAAAAGGCGAACUACUUGUUGGGCUCUGUUAUCUGCCGACAUCCAAACGGGUGACCAUUUCGGUAAUAAAGUCAACAUUAAGUCACUCGUAUCAGAUCCAGACAUCUUCGGCAACAAUAUGUUAUUACGUUCGGGUAUUGUUGUUCAUCGAUGGUAAGCUGAUGAAGAAGAAAAAAACAUCGACAACCCAGAAGCUGGUUUGGGGUGACUCGGAAAUCAUGACCUUUGACCUGAUGUCCUACGAUUUAAGUCAAUCGUCGGCAUCGGUGGCCAUUAUGUUUGUCCUAUCCUACAAACAAGAGUCAUCGCAAUCGCCAUCGUCGCCGGAAACACCGGUAGCAGCGGUGGCCGCAGCCGCGGCUACAGGUGCCGCGGCUGCCGCUACUGAUGGCGGCGCCGCCGCCGCCGCUAACAAUGACUCACGAAAAGACCGACAUAUCGGUCAGUUUGUUUGCGGCCAACAAUUGUGGCAACAAUUGAGACAACAGCCGCGCAAACAGUUGACUAAUUGGCAUAAACUCUAUUGA